AUGACGGAUAUCAGUAACCAAAGCUCCGCAUAUCGUGCACCCCCGCGCCAGCGAUUUUCCCAGGGAUUCGCUGCAUCUCAAGCACCACAGCCUCAGCAAGACCAGACUCCCAGGUACUCAGCACAAUCUCAGCAGUCGCAGUUGCCGCAACCCCGUACGCCAACUGCUUCGCAGUCCGGCAUCCCACUGCGCAGAACCUUGAUGACUCCGGCUACAUCUCGUUCAAACAUCCAAGCCGGGUCUCGUCGGUAUGGGUUGCCUUCCGGGAUUUCUACCCCCGGUAAAGCCAACGACGAUGCACCUAUCUCCCCUCGACAGGAUCCAUCUCAAACAAGGAUCAUCGCCCCAUCGGCCAAACUAGCAGCCAGUUAUACCCCUAUAUCGCGCCCGAGAACGAACAGUUUUGGAACCACACGGAGGUUUGGCAUCCGGCAACGACCCAUGGCCAUCUCCGACGGUGCAGUAAAUUCCUUCGACGACAACAUUGAUUGA